AUUAAUUCUGUUGUUCUAAAGGAAGAUUUGAGAAGUAUGGUAGAAAAUUUCUAUGCAGCUCUAUUUGGAUAUGAUGAGGGAAUCUUGUCUGAUGAUCAUGUUCUGGCAGCAGCUCUUUGGAGAAACCUUUUUAACAGGAACUGUGAGGACCCUCGGCAUCUGGAGUUACUUGUAGAAUAUGUGCGCAAACAGGUGCAGCACCUGGAUGCGCUGAGCGGGGAGGACCUGCUGCUGACGGGCGAGGUGAGCUGGCGGCCACUCGUGGAAAGCAAUGCCCGCAGCAUCCUCAAGCCCCUUUCCCCUGUUUACAAUGACGAAGGACUGUGA